AGUAAAUGCAAAAUGGACGACGAAGACGUUGCUGCUUUAGUUAUUGACAAUGGAUCUGGAAUGUGCAAAGCUGGAUUCGCCGGGGACGAUGCCCCUAAAACUGUGUUUCCCUCCAUUGUGGGACGCCCAAGACACCAGGGUGUUAUGGUUGAGACGCCUCAGGAGACCUUUGUCGGGGACGAGGCCCAAAGCAAGAGAGGUAUUCUAACCCUUAAAUAUCCCAUUGAACAUGGUAUUAUAACCAACUGGGACGAUAUGGAGAAGAUCUGGCAUCAUACUUUCUAUAAUGAACUCCGCGUAGCACCAGAGGAACAUUCUGUUCUUUUGACCGAGCCCCCUCGAAAUCCAAAGGCCAACAGAGAAAAGAUGACAGAAAUCAUGUUUGAAACCUUCAAUUCUCCCGCCGUGUACAUUGCAAUACAGGCCGUACUAUCCUUGUACUCUUCCGGUCGUACAACUGGAAUUGUACUCGACUCUGGAGAUGGUGUCACACACACAGUACCCAUUUAUGGGGGCUACGCCCUUCAACAUGCCACCAUGAGAUUGGAUCUUGCUGGACGGGAUCUGACCGAUUAUCUUAUGAAAAUUCUAACAGAACGAGGUUACUCUUUCACGACCACAGCUGAGAGAGAAAUCGUCAGAGACAUUAAAGAAAAAUUGUGUUACGUUACACUUAACUUUGAACAAGAAAUGCAAACAGCUGCGUCAACGUCAUCCCUGGAGAAGGCCUACGAGCUCCCUGACGGCCAGGUCAUCACUAUUGGCAACGAGCGAUUCCGGUGUCCGGAAGCCAUAUUCCAGCCAUCUUUCCUUGGAAUGGAAUCUUUUGGUCUUCCAGAAAUCGUAAACAACAGCAUCAGUAAAUGUGACUCUGAUAUUAUUAACGACUUGUACGCAAAUACAGUCUUGUCUGGGGGUUCAACAAUGUACCCAGGCAUCGCUGACCGUAUGAAGAAAGAAAUGACAAAAUUGGCUCCUCAAGAAACGACAAUUAAGAUCAUUGCUCCACCUGAGAGGAAAUACUCCGUCUGGAUCGGUGGUUCUAUACUUGCUUCCCUCUCCACUUUCCAAACGAUGUGGAUCAGCAAGCAAGAGUAUAAGGAAUCUGGUUGUUCUAUUGUGCAUAGAAAGUGCUUUUAA